UAUCAGCUUCCAUGACUUCGGGGGCAACAAGGACUUUGGAUGCUGCUCUGAAGAAAGGCUCCACCAUUCUUAAUUUGAAGUGUGUGGAUGCUCAGACAGGAUUAAUGGGAAAAUCUCUUCUCGAGUUUCAGUCUACUAAAGGUGAUGUUCUUCUUGCCCACAAGUUUGGGAUUCAUGAUGUUGUUGUUUUAAAACCAAACAAAGCUGAUCUAGGGUCACCUCCACUGGGUCAAGGUGUGGUUUAUCGUCUGAAGGACUCAUCAAUCACUGUUGCUUUUGAUGAUAUCCCAGAGGAGGGUUUAAAUAGUCCUUUACGUCUUGAGAAAGGGGCCAAUGAGGUGACAUACCGUAGGAUUAAGGAUACAUUGAUUCAACUAAGUAAAGGAGUGCUGAGGGGACCUGCUGCCGACUUAGUUCCUGUGCUAUUUGGAGAGCGACCGCCAACAGUGUCAAAGAAGGAUGUUACUUUCUCACUAUUUAACACCAACCUUGAUCACUCUCAGAAAGACGCCAUUUCAAAGGCCCUAUCAUCAAAGAACAUAUUUUUGUUGCAUGGGCCUCCCGGAACUGGAAAAACUACAACUGUGGUGGAAAUUAUCUUACAAGAAGUGAAACGUGGAUCAAAGAUUCUUGCUUGUGCUGCUUCAAAUAUUGCCGUUGACAACAUUGUUGAACGACUUGUUCCUCACAGAGUGAAGUUGGUGAGGGUGGGGCAUCCCGCACGUUUGCUACCUCAAGUCUUGGACAGUGCUCUUGAUGCACGGGUUCUACGGGGGGAUAAUAGUUCUCUUGCAAAUGACAUCCGCAAGGAAAUGAAGGCUUUGAAUGGGAAGCUUUUGAAGACAAAAGAUAAAAAUUCAAGGAGGGACAUAAGGAGGGAGCUAAAGACUCUUUCUAAAGAAGAGCGUGAAAGGCAAGUGCUAGCCGUUGCAGAUGUAAUCAAAAGUUCUGAUGUGGUGUUGACGACAUUGACUGGUGCAUUGUCCCGAAAGUUGGAGGGUACUUCAUUUGAUUUGGUGAUUAUUGAUGAAGCUGCUCAGGCACUUGAGAUAGCAUGUUGGAUAAAACUGUUUUAGGGUUCAAGAUGUAUACUUGCAGGAGACCACCUCCAGCUUCCUCCAACCAUUCAGAGCGUAGAAGCCGAGGAGAAGGGUUUAGGGAGAACCCUCUUUGAACGCCUCACAGACUUGUGUGGUGAUGAAGUCACGUCUAUGCUCACUGUCCAAUACCGCAUGCAUGAGCUCAUAAUGACUUGGUCAUCUAAAGAGCUUUACAACAGUAAGAUCGAAGCUCAUCCAUGUGUUGCUGCACACAUGCUGUAUGACCUUGAGGGGGUAAAGAAGUCUUCUUCAACCAAACCAACUCUAAUUCUCAUAGACAUAGCUGGAUGCGACAUGGAGGAAAAGAAAGAUGAAGAAGACAGCAGAAUGAAUGAGGGCGAAGCUGAGGUGGCCAUUACCCAUGCAAAGAGACUUGUUCAGAGUGGAGUCCAAGCUUCUGAUAUUGGAAUCAUUUCCCCUUACACAGCACAGGUUGUCUUACUGAAGAUGAUGAGAAGCAAUGAAGACAAGCUAAAAGAUAUGGAGAUAUCAACAGUUGAUGGCUUUCAAGGCCGAGAAAAGGAAGCGAUUAUCAUUUCAAUGGUCCGAUCAAACUCAAAGAAAGAGGUGGGGUUUCUGAGCGAUCGCAGGCGAAUGAAUGUUGUGGUGACACGAGCAAGGAGGCAGUGUUGUCUUGUUUGUGACACUGAAACCGUGACUGGCGAUGGAUUCUUGAAGCGUCUGAUUGAGUAUUUUGAGGAGCAUGGCGAGUAUUUGAGUGCUUCGAAGUAUGGAAAUGAAUAAACAAUAAUGGAAGAAGGAUAUUUCCUUCUUUGUCAAAUGUCACUUGGUCCUAGAUAACAAACACUGAAAUUUAUUCAGAAAACUGCACAGAAUGCAGUACUUUGCAUUCCACUUGAUCCAACACGAAGGGACUCUGAUGUUAAGAAUUUCUGUGUGUCUAACAUUUCCAAAACCAUUUAUUUAUUUUGGAUUGGAUGUUAAUGGAUUUGUCAAAGAAAAGUUCUAAAAUUUGUAAAAAGGGAA